GCGGUGGCGGUGGAAUGGCGGCGAGUUGGUGGAGUAGUUGCGCUCGAAUCGAGGAGUCAGAAUGUCGAAGGCAACAACUUGAAGCCUAUCUGGCCAGAAAGGGAAAACUGAAGGUUCCAGGUCCCAAUGCCAGGUACUAUUUAGGGGACAAGACUAAUCGAAAAAUACAGCCACCAACUGCUCCAUUCAAAGCUGGCUUGGGAGGAGCGCUGAAAGAUGGUGGUUCCACAAAACCAUCUAAACUCAAAGGCAUAAACAACUUAACAUCUACCAAUGAUGGCAAAUCAGUGGCUGCCAGGCCCAGAACUCAACCCAACACAAAAACCUCUGAAACCAAGAAAACUCUCUCCAAAACUGUUCCUACGUUUCCCCAAACAGGGAUUACUGCCAAUAAAAUAGCACCUACUUUAUUCCCAGUGGAGUCAAAUACAAUAGAAAAUGAACCUACAGCUGCUCAGACAGCUCAUUCAGAACAAUAUGAAGAGGGUUUAAACCCUGCAGCAUCAACAUGUGCUAAAAACCUCCAUAAAUCAGAUGAUCAAGAGAAGAAAAGCAAGCGCACGGUGGAUAUGGCUCCAAAUGUUGGACACUCUGCUGAUGCAGAUUUAAUUAAACCAUUCACAGAACAGGCAAUUAAAUCGCAAGUUGGCACAUCAAAAGACAUUGCUUCAGAUAAUAGGUUAUGGGCCAUUGAUAUAGAUAGAACAGCCAAAGCAGCCCCUGGUGCAGCUAAAUUUGCCAAGGCAACCCUUGGUCCAGCUGAACCUGUAGGCACUGGCAAAGCAGCACAUGGUGCAGCUAAACCUGUAGGCACUGGCAAGGUGGCACAUGGUGCAGCUAAACCUGUAGGUUCUGCCAAGGCAACACAUGGUACAGCUAAACCUGUAGGCACUGUCAAGGCAACACAUGGUCUAACUAAACCUGUAGGCCCUGCCAAGCUGGCACAUGGUGCAGCUAAACCUGUAGGCACUGGCAAGGCAGCACAUGGUGCAGCUAAACCUGUAGGUUCUGCCAAGCUGGCACAUGGUGCAGCUAAACCUGUAGGCCCUGCCAAGGCAGCACAUGGUACAGCUAAACCUGAAGGCACUGCCAAGGCAACACAUGGUCCAACUAAACCUGUAGGCCCUGCCAAGCUGGCACAUGGUGCAGCUAAACCUGUAGGCCCUGCCAAGCUGGCACAUGGUGCAGCUAAACCUGUAGGCCCUGCCAAGCUGGCACAUGGUGCAGCUAAACCUGUAGGCCCUGCCAAGGCAGCACAUGGUGCAGCUAAACCUGUAGGCACUGCCAAGCUGGCACAUGGUGCAGCUAAACCUGUAGGCACUGCCAAGGCAGCACAUGGUACAGCUAAACCUGUAGGCACUGCCAAGCUGGCACAUGGUGCAGCUAAACCUGUAGGCACUGCCAAGCUGGCACAUGGUGCAGCUAAACCUGUAGGCACUGCCAAGCUGGCACAUGGUGCAGCUAAACCUGUAGGCACUGCCAAGCUGGCACAUGGUACAGCUAAACCUGUAGGCACUGGCAAGGUGGCACAUGGUCCAGCUAAACCUGAAGGAAUGGCAAUGGUUCCAAAACAGUCCACAAACGCAGAGAUGGAUAAGAACGAUGGCUACAAGAGACUGAGCAAAUCAGAACAACAGCUGGCAAGUGACAAAACCAAACCUGGUACUGGCUUACCACAGAAUGCAACUAAUUCUACUGGAAAUAGGCCAAUGAUAAUCUGGCAACCUUUCACCAGAUCUGCUGAAAGAAUGCAUCCAGCUUUGCGGUGUGUCCCCAGGAGCAUAAAGCAAAGUAAUGGAGCAAUACAGAGCGUUAACAAAUUGACUGCACCAGCACUUGGCAUUACUAAAUGUCGGCCAGAUGAAAACACUGUGAGUAAGACAGUAAAAGGACAAGAUGAAAGGAGGAAAUGUCUUGAAGAGUGGUUAGCUUCCAAAGGGAAGACCUACAAACGUCCUCCCAUGCCAAUCCCUUGGAAAAGAUCAGUUCAAUCUGUUAAAAAGAAUUUGGAGUUUUCUUUUUGGGAGGCGAUUGAGGAGGAGGAAGAGCAGAAGACCCUGACAAAUCGGGUGAACCGCAUGUUAGAUGACUGCAUGAGAUUACUGGAGAAGGGAUCCCCUCCUGAGCAGGUGUCUGCAGCAUUGCAGAAUGUUCCAGAAGGUGAAAAGUUUGCCAAGUACUGGAUCUGCCGAGCCCGCCUGCUGGAAUUUUCUGGCUCACUGGAGGCUGUCAUUGCUCUGUUUGAGCGGGCUGUUCACAGUGGUGCAGAGCCUGUUGAAGAGCUGCGAUCUGCACUUGUACAAACCAUCAUGAGGAAUGCAAACUCCCAAGCAGCCUCUGCAGCAGAAGAAGAGAACGAAACUGAAGAUUAUGAAACUGAAGAUUUCGGCGAAUUAGCCACGGUCACACCACAUAUGACAGCAACCAGGAUUUUAUAUGAGAAAACAGAUGGGCAUGGUUCAUCUGUGGUCAAAUACAGAGUUACUGCAACGCCUCAAGUGCUCAGAGGAAAAGAAACUGUGGACAGAUUAUGGUCUGUUGGGAAACAAGAUGUGAAGUUCCUCACCCCGGUCCGUCGCUCUGUACGGAUUGAGCACGUAUCUGCUUCAUACCCUGAGAUGCUGAAAGAACAUGACUGCUGUGUGACUUCGCUAAAUGAACUUUUAGCUGUGGAGGAGGCAGAAACUUUUGUUUAUCGAGAAAACCGGGCCCUGCUGGGAGAAUGACUAAAAUGUGUCUCCCCAAAACACUUGUGUACGUACGUCAAGCACUGCCUGCGUUCUUUUAUAAAUAGCCUUGUUAUAACUAAUAUGAAAUGUAUUAAGAAUGUACAUAAUAAACUCAUUUUAGUCAUUUAUGUUAAAAAUUGGCCCAUAUCUAUAUCUCUGAACAUGCCAGCAUAUGUCUCCUUGGGCAGGUCUUGCUCUGUUUUCACUAACAUUCCAGUAUUGCAAGUUCUCACAGUUGAAAGGACCUUUAUUGUAAUAUUAACCCUGAGCUUCAAUGAUAAACAUUGAAAACAGUUAUUCUCCCUCUGCUGUCACUUAUCACUUUUUCUGGUUUAGUCCCCUUUCCUCACCUUCGUUAUAAUCUCUUCUCUGAAUGUUUUGCCAUAAGUUUUAAAUGCUUCAAUAUGCUUUUGCCUGCAGUCUCUGCUGCGAUGGAGGAGGGUGUUGCAGCCUGUGCUUUCUCCCACCACUUUACUCUUGGUUGCACAGUUCAACAGCCAAGUCCCUCACCUUCCAAAACAGUAAAAUGACAAUUGGUCAAUGGACACAGACUAAAACUACUGAGCAAGUUUGUUCAGUCAAAUGCACAGGAGCAAUGGUUGGUUUUACUGAUGUAUAACUGGAAUAAAUUGUGGCUCAUCCAAGACUGGAUAAGCAGUAAGACAAUGUAGAGGCAGCAAAGGAGUUGAGAAAGGUGACAAACGGAUAGAUUUGGAUGUCAUCAGUGAGGGAACUGAUGCCAAGUCUUCAGAUGACAGUGUUAAGGAGCAAGAAUGGAAGGCCAUUGCUGAAGAUGAUCUAGCUGGCUACAGUCGGAUAGAUAAGAGUGAGUGCAGCCCCACUGGGAUAGAUGAGACAAGGUUGGUGUGGGCUAUAUCAGUGAUUAAAGAGGAAAAAUGUGAAUCAUACCCCAUAGUCACAGACAAUGUUGCUUCUUACUUUGCUUAGUCAUUUUUGUGCCGUGGUCAAAGUGGAAUCUGAAUUAGUCAUGGAGUUAUGGAAAUGCUGGCCACUGACAUCACAGAGGAAAGAGAGGAUGGAGAUGGGGCAAUAAUUUGGAGAAAGAUGUUGACAGAGAUUGAAAAGUAUGAGACAGGGAACCAUUUACAAUGUCAACCAACACAGGGAUCAGAAGGGGGGAGUCUUUCUACUUUGUAAAAUUGGGCAUUUAGGAUUUAAGAUUUUAAAGAUGUUGAAUUUUUAGAUAAAAGCAGAUAAGCAUGCAACAUAAAAUAAAAUGGCCUGCAUUAUUUAAAAAAACAAUUGGCCCCUGUUGAUUCUUCAAGCUCUAUUUAUAAAUAUAUUAGUUGAGCUGCAGGGGGUUUUUGACGGGUUUGCUCAUUGGACUGGGCCCCAAGUUUGAAAUCUCAGCUCUUGAGAAAAGCUCAAUUUUUUCUGAACAAAUGGAGGCCGUUUUAUAAAAGGCUUCCUCUGCUUGGAAGAUAAUGCACUGAUGUGUGGUUUUGACCUGGGCAUGCUAUAUGCUUUGUGAGCAUCUUGAAUACUGGCAUCAUGUGUCUUGUAAAAGAAAUAAAUCAAGACCAGGACUCUGGUUAAUAUGCAGGACUCAUUCUUCAGGGCAGUGCCUUAACCAAUUAGAGUCAAGCUGCCUGGUUUAAAUUUCAAAUUGUGCUUGCCAGUUAACUGUCAGCCACUAUCAACUGGUGCAUCAUCCAUGGUGAUGUAUCUACCAAUCAGAAUCCACUUGCCAACCAAUCAGCGCACUCCUGUCAUACAGCAUAAAUUUGUCGCCUUCCUUGGAUUUAUAUUGUGAAAUGUCCUGAUGAGUGCAAGAUGAAAAGCUUGGGCAAAAUGCCUCUUUCUAGCAAUGUCAAUAUUCUUUGGUGCAUCACCUAUAUCCUCCCUGAUCUGCCAAUCCCUUUCAGUGACAUUGGGGAACUUACUAACGUUAUACUUCAAUAACUCAAUCUGUUAGGCAAUUACUGUAUACUGCAACCACUAUCUGGUAAGCACGCUAUGCUUAAUAGUGAAAAUAUUAACAGCUGUACUAUCCCUUUGUCUGCAAGAAGCUCUAAUGUGUGUACCUUAACUUAUCUUGCAGACCUUCAUGAAAUCUCCAUUCAAAGUUAGAAUCCCAAAUCAGUUGGGCAGUAAAUGUUAAACAUUGAUUUCUGCUAGCUUUUUCCCCACCCACAUACAUAAAUAGAAGUUAGUAAUUGACCUAUUAUUACCAAAACUAGUUCCAGAACUCUCUUGUUUGAUUAAUGGAAAAGGAGCUUUCUUGUCUGACUUGAAACUUUUUCUGUAUCUUUUAUAUAAUGUAUGCAAUGUGGAGCAAUUAACUUUAUGGAAUUAAAUUUAUUCUGGUU